AGCCUCGAUGCAGUUGGUCCUCCUAGGCAAAAGCCCCGAGUUUACUGAGAUCCGGGAUGCCGAAGCAUCCCAAGCGUCAAUUUCGCUUCGAACGAGACCAAGAGACUUCCAACGUCGAUCGUAUUCAGAGUGUCAUUUUACCUAGGCCUGCAGACCGUGUCGAGUCAAGCACCUCGCGCACCUCAAAGAAGCAGAAGGUUUUCUAUGAUCACCCCGGAUCGCAAAACGGUCCACCUACAUCGCGCGAUGACUACCAUAUCGUUUGGAUCUGCCAGUUGCAUAUUAAAAUGACAGCAGCUUGUGCCAUGUUGGAUGAGCGUCACGAAGAUUUGCCUAUUCAUCUGACUGAUAGCAACACCUACGCGCUUGGCCGCAUCAAGCAACACAAUGUCGUGAUUGCUUGCUUGCAAAUGAUCCGGCACGGGACGAACAAUGCGUCUAACUUCUUAAAAGACAUGACCGUUAAUUUUCCGUCGCUCCGCUUGGCUUUGAUGGUGGGGAUUGGGUGCGGAGCGCCUAGCAGUAUGACCGACAUUCGACUGGGUGAUGUUGUUGUCGGAACGAGGCUGAUGCAUUACGAUUCCGAGAAGACUCUCGGGGACAGGCAGAUACCGCUGACAGUCACUGCUCGGAGGGUUCUCCACUCAGUACUCAACAAGCUCGUGUCUAACUUACGAUCGGAACAUGAACUGGGCCCCAGUAGGGUCCCAUCCAUCCUACGGGAGAGGUUCGAGGUAUACCCCGAGUACAGUCGCCCGAAUUCAUCAGAUUUCCUAUUCCGCGCAACGUAUGAUCACGUAUCCGAAACAUCUUUUUGUGAGGAAUGUGAUCAUUCCAACCUGGUUUCGCGAAUCAAUCGUCGUUCAGAUGAUCCGGGUAUACAUUACGGUGCCAUUGCCUCGGGGGACCAAGCCGUUAUGAGCGGUACAACUCGGGACUCCAUUGCGCAAGAACUGAACGUGGUAUGUUUCGAAAUAGAGGCCGCUGAUGUAAUGGAUUUCCUUCCAUGUCUUUCAAUCCGGGGAAUUUGCAAUUACGCAGAUUCUCAUCAGAAUAAGGAAUGGCAGAGGUAUGCGGCUGCGACUGCGACUGCAUAUGCUAGGGAACUACUCGAAGUGUUUCCUGUGGUGGAAACGCAUGCAGAAGCCGUGAAGGUGCCUGAUACUCGUAAGUUAUACUUCCUCCAGCACUCGGACUACCAAUCGUGGCUUGAUCCUGCAAAAUUAAAGAAACAUUUUGGCUUCUUAUGGAUCCAUGGUAAACCGGGUGCUGGCAAAUCAACGAUCAUGAAGUUUUUAUACUCGAACAUGCAGCGCGAAGUCCGCCACAAAGAUAGCCUUACUGCUUUCUUCUUCUUCAACGCUCGAGGUGAAUACUUGGAAAAGUCGAUGUUAGGAAUGUACCGAUCUUUGCUCUUCCAGCUGCUCAAAGGGUUUUCUGAUCUUCAGUCCGUCCUCGACGAUGUCGACCCUGUGUCUCAAGAUCAUAACCUCUGGUCUUCUCUGAAUACUCUCACGGACCUAUUUUCCAAAGCAAUUUCCGGACUAGGUCACCGUUCGUUUACCUGCUUCGUUGAUGCUCUGGACGAAUGCGAUGAGCAACAAGUUGUGAAUAUGGUCCAGUACUUUGAAGAGUUGGCAGAACAAUCUACGAGCAAUGGCAUCCAGUUCCGAAUUUGCUUCUCUAGUCGACAUUAUCCCCACAUAUACAUACCGCAGGGGAUUCAGCUUACACUAGAGAACCAGCCAGCUCAUGCUGAAGACUUAGAAGCCUACGUUACGAGUCGGCUCCAAAUCAAAGACCCUGCGCUUUCUGAAUUGCGACCUCGACUUCUUGAAAAAGCUGCUGGGGUUUUCAUGUGGGUCGUCCUCGUAGUGGACAUUCUUAACAAAGAAGAUCGACAAGGUGGACUGGCUCUGAAAAAAAGGUUGGCAGAGAUUCCGAGCGGUUUGAGCGAACUGUUCAGGGACAUGCUCACACGCGACAAUGAGAAUAGGGAGCGCCUCCCUCUAAGCAUGCUCUUGAUUCUGUGCGCGGGGCGUCCUUUGAAACCAAAUGAGUACUAUCAUGCCCUAUGGUCCGGUUUGUCACAGGAGAAUCGGGUCGAUCUCGAUAUCCCUGACGUUACGGCCGACCAUGCUGCCCAUAGUAUCAGCAGAUGCGUUAUCAGCUCCUCCAAGGGACUUGCUGAGAUGACAACAUCGGAGCAGCCCACCGUUCAAUUCAUUCAUGAAUCUGUCCGAGACUUUUUAGUCAAAGAUCAGGGCCUCCAGGAGCUGUGGCCUGAUUUUGGGUUCAAUUGGGAGAUUCAAGCUCACGAGAAGCUCAAACAAUGCUGCAGCACAUACAUGAUUCAUCCUCGGGUACUUGAAGCCAUAGGUAAAAAGCCCGACAAAAAGAAAAUCGCAAAGAAAUAUCCGUUUUUGGAGUACGCCAGCCAGCAUGUUCUCUAUCACACGGAGUCUGCGGUUGAUAUGGCGGAUGCUGCGGACGCCCCUUCUCACCAGGAGUUUCUUAAACAGUUUCCUGUCUCUGACUGGGUCAGGGUCAACAAUGUUUUUGAAAAGUUCAAAGUUCGCCGUUACAGCCCGAACGCCAGUCUUCUCUAUCUUCUUGCAGAAAAGGGGUAUUCGAAGCUCAUCCGCACAAUGCUUAAAGAGUACCCCAGUGUUCAUGUUCGAGGAGAGAGAGAUAAGUAUCCAUUGUUUGCUGCUUUAGCCAACGGUCAGAAGGAGGCAGUAGCUGCUCUUCUGGACCUGCCCUCAAGCGUCUACAACGGAGUCGACAUCACAGAAGGUCUAACAUGUAGAAAAGACUUGACGGAGUACGAAGAUCGAACACCGCUAUCUUGGGCUGCACAGAAUGGUCGGACAGGCCUUGUCGAGCGGCUUCUCCAAAAAGGAGAGAGCGUGGAUUCGAUGGAUGAGGGGGGGCGGCGGCCACUUUCUCGGGCUGUAGAAAGAGGCCACGAGGCUGUUGCAAGGCUUCUCAUGGAUAAUGGAGCAAAAGUCGACGCUUGUGACAAGAACGGGAGGCUGCCACUUUCACAAGCUUUACAAGGGGGCCAUGAGGCUGUUGCAAAGCUUCUCAUCAAUCAUGGGGCAGAUGUCAAUGCUCGUGAUAAGGAGGGGAGGCUGCCACUGUCACAAGCUCUACGGGGGCGUCAUGAAGCCGUUGCAAGGCUUCUCAUCAACCAUGGGGCAAACGUCAACACCCGGCAACAGCUACUUUUUUGGGCUGCAGAAGUCGAUUGUGAGGCUGCUGUAAGGCUUCUCAUUGAUGUUGGAGCAGAAGUUGACACUCGUGAUCAGAAUGACGACACGCCACUUUUAUGGAUUGCAAGACAGCCUCACACAUUUGGGAGUUGCCAUGGGAGACGUUCAGAGUGCCGUUAUACCAUUGCGAGCCUUCUCAUCGACAAGGGGGCACAAGUUGACGCUUGUAAUAAGAAUCACAACACAUCACUUUGGGAGGCUCUAAAGGCCGGUCAUAUGGGCAUUGCGAAUCUUCUUAUUGACAGGGGAGCGAAAGUUGACACGAGCUCCCAUACCUUCAACACAUCGCAUGCGCAUAGAUAG